CUGGCGCGUCAUCGCUGGCUUCCAGAGUACUUCCUGCAGAGCCGCUCUAGGCGGUUACCUGUGCUCACGACUGUUUAUGCUGCAGCCGCUCUAGGCAGCAGGAGGUGGCUCUAUGACCUGAUAGGGCCUGCUGGCGGGAUACUGCCAGUAGCCCGGUGGUAGCCUCGAGGUUGCCCGAAGAGGCGCCGUCCGUGCAGGCCUUCACUAGGAGGCUUGAAGCGGCACCUGUCGCACCCGUUACCCCUGCAGGGGCCCGGCGGCCUGGGCCCGGUGGAGGCGCAGAAAGUUUUUUUUUGUGAAGAAAUGGCAUCCAUCAUUGGAAAUGAAAAAAGUGUGAAUCCUGUGCUCAGAAUAAGUCAACUUGAUGCUCUUGAACUAAACAAAGCCCUGGAACAACUACUGUGGUCACAGUUUACCAGCUGUUUUCAUGGAUUUAAACCAGGGGUGUUGACUCAGUUUGAACCAGAAGUAAAAGCAUUUUUAUGGCUUGUAUUGUGGAGAUUCACUAUAUACUCCAAGAACGCAACUGUGGGACAGGCUAUUCUGAAUAUUCAAUACAAGAAUAACUUAUCUCAGACAGAGAAAUACCAACCUCUGAGCAAACACCAGAAGUUAUGGUAUCUUAUUUUAACUGUUGGUGGAAGAUGGCUGGAAGAAAGAUGUUAUGAUUUAUUUAGCAAUCGUCAGAUGCAGUCUUUCUGCAAAAUUAAGAGUUGUAUUAACUUUGGAGCUGGACUUCUUAAACUUUGUGGGCUUCUAAAUUUUCUGAUUUUUCUUCAGAAAGGAACAUUUGCAACAUUAACAGAACGUAUUUUGGGAAUUAGGUCAGUUUUUUGCAAGCCACAGAGUGUUCGUCAAAUAGGAUUUGAAUACAUGAACAGGGAGCUAUUAUGGCAUGGCUUUGCUGAAUUUCUGAUCUAUCUGCUGCCACUUAUUAAUGUACGGAAACUGAAACUUAAAAUUUCUUCUUGCUGCUCACAUAUUGCAGGUCUUUCCAAUAGCAAAAACACAUUAACAGCUCACUGCGAAGAAUGUUCACUAUGUGGGGAAUGGCCUACUAUGCCUCAUACCAUAGGAUGUUCACAUGUUUUUUGUUACUACUGUAUUAAAAGCAGCUAUUUAUUUGAUAUGUAUUUUACAUGCCCUAAAUGUGGCUCAGAGGUACAGAGUCUUCAGCCAUUGAAAUAUAAGUUUGAAAUGACAGAAUUGCACGCCUGAUAUGAUGUUGAUUUGGUUUUAUACUGUACAUGAAAUAUUUUUUCAAAGAGUUUAUUGCAAAAAUUCAGAAAGUAUUGUAAACAGACAGCUUAAAGAUGGUUUUUGAGAGUCUGCAAUAUGUUGUAACAUGCGUCUUUACUGGUCUUAGCAGUUUACUGAGUGGAAGUGCCAACUUGCCUCUUUGAAGGAACGAAAAGUAAUUUACUAGCUCUUCUGCUCUCUCAGACUACUUGAUUCCACUUUGGUACCUUUACAUUGCCAAGUCAUUCUUCCUUAGAUCUAGAGUCUGUUAGCCUGCAACUUUCUAACUUCAUGCUGUAAUACUUCCUUCAAAGAUACAGAAGAUGCCCAAUAAGCUUUUACCAAUUUUAUGGAUUUUUUUCCCAAGCUUGUUGUAAAAGUGUCUGCCAUUAACAACUUAGCUAGUAGAUGAAUUUGGUGGGCAAGUCAUCUUGUCAUGCCAUAAGAAUAAUUUUAAAUUCAAAUGUUUUAAAUUUUAAUCCCAGUGUGAGGUUCCACUGAAAAAAGGAAACGUGUAAGAUGGAUUGUCAUCUUAGAAGUUUCUGAAAAAUUUUUGUCAUAGUAAACCAACAUAACAGGAUGUACACAGAAUUGCUUUCUUAUCAAUAGACUGUAAGCUCUAAGUGAUCCCUCUGGUAGACAUACAGAUACUCCAUAGUGAACAUGUGCCUACAGGUGUUAUACCACUUGUACAAAUACAGCGCACCUUCUAGACCUCCAUGAGGUGACUGAGCUACUUUUCUGGCUCAGCCAUGAUCUUCAGUGACAUACAUGACCACUUUCCUCUUCUUCCCUACAAAGCUGAGGCACGCAGUCCAUCAUUCAUUGGAAUGUGGCAGCUGCCCAAGGUAACCCACAGUCUUCUGACUCAGAGACGCUGGAGAUAACUUGACAGUGUGCUGUCUUUGGGACUUGCCACUCUUGUUUUUUUAUGUGUGUGGUCAAGGUGAGUGCCAGACCUCAGUAAUGGCUCACUGCCACACCAAAAAAAUAUCAACGCAGUUAUGUGCAUGUAGACGUGUAAAAAAAAAAUAAAAAAAAGAGAUAUUCCUGGUUUUCACUGUUACUGUUUGCUUUGUCUGUCAGCUUUGCGGUGUUGUUAUCAUCCCCUGUUUUAACACUAUCCAUUUAUUCUUUGACCUGUUUCUGUAUGAGUUAUUCUCUUAAAAAUUGCAGUCCUUUUUUAAACAGGAAGUCUUGCCCAGAAAUGUCAUUAACACAAAAAUAUAUUGCAUCCUUUUUUGGUUCUUUAGCUGUGUAAGUUUUUGAGAAUUUGAGUAAAUAGCAUUAUACUAGCUGUGUUCUUGAUUGGCUGUCAUCAGUAGUCAGUCCCAAAAAUAGUAUGGUAACAACUGAUCCAGUCUUUGAUCUACUUUUAUGAAAUGGUUUAUUACAUUCUUCAGUGCCUGAUUAAAACAACCCACCAGCCUAUUUAUUUGAAAAUCUUAAAUUCUAGGUUUUGAUCUUUAGAGUGACACACAGUGCUUUCAUCUGAUGUAAUUAAAUAUAGUUAGCAGGUUUGUAAGUAUCUUUGGGCAGCCAAAAACUUCAUUAAUGCUGCUGCUGUUCUGUGAGUUGAGACUUCAGAGCAACUGCUUCCAGAUACUGUGCCACAAUGUAUUAUUUGCCAUCAUAUGUGUGUAUCAGCAGCCUGCCAGAUUUAUUAUUCACAGUUGCAAUUUGAACCAGCAUGUACAAAGCUACCUUUAUUAGAAGGAUCAAAACUGGCAGGUCUGUUGGAGAAUAUCCUGGAGUUACUUGCUGAUUCUGAAGUGAUUCUGUAUGAAUUGUCCUUCCACAUUAUUUAACAGCUCUUCCCAAAGAAAUGUAUUUGCAGCCCUGUCUUUGACGUGGGCUAAUGUCUCUUGAAAAAUCCAUCAGCAUUUCUGCUACCUCUUUAGCUAUCCUUAUUAAGGUUUGUACACAUCCAAAAUCCAGUGUUUGUGGUUUAUAAUCAUAGCAGACCUUUGUUUAUUGUGGACUCUUCAUUCCUUCUGAAAUUACAGAUAAAAUAUUGUGUUAAAAGAGCAUGGAUUUUUCUAUAUUGGACUCUGUUAGGUGUCAUGUUCUUCUAAUGUAGGCGUUCUUUCCUAUUGAGAACUGUUUCUUUUUCCUGAAUAUUUAAAGAAUGCUAUUUUCCCUUUUCAUUCCACCUCUCUCUCUCCUGAUGUUUGGUUUACAUAAGCUGUAUGAAUUUGCUGAGGUUUGUUUUGUCUUUUGCAUUUUCAUGCAGGUGAAAACCUAGUAAAAUGUAUACUGCUUUUCAUCCCUGUUAUAGUAGCAGUACAAAACCUGUUUCCAGAAGUUUUGUACCUCUGUUGUACAGGUAUUUUCUGCUGGCUAUGCUAAAUUGCACUUGACUUCCCUGCUUUUCUUCUGCAAUUGAACUUUUUGAUGUUUAACUUACAAUGUCUUAUUAUACCAAAGCUUUGGCCUACUACAGUAUUACCUCAUCAUGAGUGUUGUUAGGUUUGUAGCCCAUAAAACUGGCCUACUUUGUGGUCUAUAUCUUAUGGCAUAAAUAAACAGUUUGCAUUACCCUAAUAUCCUAUAUUCUGAGGUGUGUCUAUAAUUCUUCCAUUUUUAAUGCAAGUGAGAGGAAAAGUUUGGGAAAAUAGUGAAUCCUUUUGUCAGAAAUAUUCUUGAUUUAUUUAUCUGCAGUGUGGUGAAACUUUUGCUCAGUUGUAGUCACAAUUCACAUUGAUGAGACCAAGUAUAUUAAAAAUACUACUUUCUACCAGGUUAGCUUUGUAACAGUUCAAAGUCAGUGCUCAGCAGCUUCCUUAUAGCACUGUAAAAUUACAUACCUCUGUUCUGUUGUGUCAUGUGAUAUAAACUGCAGAAAAGUAAGCUUUGAUUAUAUUUAAAAAUUAGAUAUUUCAUAGACUAAUCAAAUGACAAUUUACAUACUAACUGCAUGCUAACUCAUAAGCACUACAUUUUCAGGUUAAAACUCCACUGUAACAAAGGACUAAAUGGUGAUGCUUCUUUCAGUAGAGGGAAUAAAAUUUAUUUUGGAAUGUUAA